CUGUUACUUUUGAAGAUCUGCGGCGCGGCUACGAGCAAAAUUAUAUGGGCAUUGUCUGGAUGGCUACACCAGGAAAAGAAUUGGUAGUCAAAGGAGAACUUGGAAAAUUUCUACAGAGUCAUGGACUGGAGAAUAGUAUAGGAGAUAUAGAUGAGAUAGUUUUGAAUUAUGUGAUCAGUAUACUGGAGGACCUGGGAGAUGAUAGCAAUGCAGAGGAGAAUAUCGACGUGGACCAGUUUACUGAAAUGAUGGAGGCUUACAUUCCAGGGUUUGGGACCAUUGAUAGUGUUAAAGUUUGUGAGUGGAUGUUUGAGCUUUCUAACACAAUUACAACUGACAAUCAAGAUUUGAAUGAAAAUGCUGUAGAGUUCAGUUCUAAGGGAGAUAAACCAAGCCAUCAAAUUUUAAAAGAUGAAACCACACCAGAUGAAGUGAAUGGGAAUAUUGUGGAUGAGGAACCAAAUGAAGAUGUUAAGAUGCUCCUGGAAAUGUUUCCUAACUCCUGUACACUAGAGAUUACCCAUUGUUUGGGGGUUGCUAAGGGAGAUCUAGAAUCUGCUGCUCAGCUGGUUCUGGAGAGAGAAGAGAUGGGAACCAGUAUCAAGAAGCCAAAGGAGAAAAGUAACCCUACCACUAGGAAUGGACUGAUGCUUUUAGAUGACAAAAAGCUGAAAAAACAGAUGAUUGAGAGGUAUGGGUAUCAAGAUGCCGAUGAAGACAAGAAAACUUUUAAACCUCCACCUCUUAAACAGGAACCCAAAAAGAUGGUACGCUACCUAGACAGUCGUGUUGUGAGUACAAAGGGAGAGAGAUUUACCGAGAUUAAAAAGGAUGAUACGGAGGAAAUGAAAAAGACUUUCAUCAAUUUAAAACCUGCAAGAAAGUACCGUUUUCAUUAAUAGACUAGAUGUUUACAUCAGUGUCCGGGAAUCUCCCAAUAUACAUGUGUAGUUGAUAUCUCUUUGUCUCUUUAAUCUUAAACUAAAUGUGUUCACUUCUCAUGGCUAUAAUCUAAUCCAUGAUCAUACAUUCCUCUGAAACACACUGGUUGUGUCUCAUUAAGGAAUUAUCAUCUUUUUUUCACUAAGAGAGAUGUUAAAAUGGUUAAAACUUUUAUAAGAAGCUAAACAAUAUGAUUAAUUAACAUUGUAUUUUAAAUAAAUGUGUUCCACAUUAGAAUACAACUAUAACCAAUUCUUGCCAUUGGAAAUAUUUUUACAUAUUCUGAAAGGAACAAGCAUGAAUAAUCUGAACAAAUUCUAUGAUAAUUUAGAAUUUUACACUAUUUCAAAAGUUAUGUAAUUAUUUUAUCAAAUGUAUGGCACUGUUUUGUUAUUAUGUAAUGUUAAACUUUCAACAUCUUAUAUGUAGGAAUGAAGGAAUGUUUAAAGGAGUCUGGGUAUAAAUAAGGGUGUAAAAUGGAUAAACAUUAUAAAUGUAGUAUUCAUAUUAAUAUCAGAUAUACUGUUUUGGCACAUAUCAAAAUUUUCUAUCAAAAAUUGCUGCAAAUUUUUGCCUGCAGAUUUCAUAAGGGUUCCGUCCAGGUUAUAUUCCCAUAGACAAUGAAUUUAUAAGAAGAAAAAAAAACUUGCAUUGAUUCUUAUGAAAUAUUAUUUCUCCAGUUUCCCUGAAUUUUCUUAACCUUGUAUGAUAUUCUUCCAGAAUUUUUUUUGGCUAUUCAUUAUUCAUUUUACAAAUACAUGUACAAUUCAUCUUUGGGUUCUCAUUUUUUAUGGCCAUUUUACUACACUUAUGCUGCCUACAUCAAACUUUUUAUGGACAGUCAAAAUAUUCUAAUAUCACUAGCUUGUAACUUUUGUUAGAAUCAAGCUUACAUUGAGGAUAGUGAUAACUUUUGUUAGAAUCAAGCUUACAUUGAGGAUAGUGAUAACUUUUGUUAGAAUCAAGCUUACAUUGAGGAUAGUGAUAUAGACAUCAAUUAUAUAACUAAGUUACUUCCCUUUACGGAGAAUUUUUGAAACCCUCAGCAUUCCACCUCUAGUCAUAAUCAAUGAAUUAUGCUUUAUGUUUUCUUUUUUUUUUAACCAAUCCACACAUACAUAGAUAAUGAUUAUACAAAAUAACAUAUGGUUAUGUAGUUUUUGAAUGGCUUGACAUGUCGAUUGUUUUGUUUAAAAAAAAAUCAAGUCAUACAUUUAGCAAAGUUUAUUACUAUAUUUAGGAUACCCCAGUAGGUGACCUGUAACCUACUACAUCCAGUUUGUUUUGUGAAAAUUAUCAUGCAUAUUAUUUUUAUGUACCAGUAUUUUGUUGAAUAAUGCAAAAAUGACUGAUCAGGUCAUUCCUAUUGCACCCCUAACCAAAAAUUAAUAAUAAAAAUAAAUAUCCAGACUAAAAAUACAUUGUACAUUCUCAGUUUUUCCCUGAACAUUUUUUUUUUUAUUUAAAGAAAACCUAAUAACUGUAGAGAUAUAUUCUCUUAUAUUUGUGUUAAAAUAAAUUUUAAUUUAGGUCUUGUAAUCAUGUAAAAUUUUAAAAAUGACUCUUUCAAGGUCUGAUAGUUGCAAAUAACCACUAUAUGCAUUUUAUACAUUUUUAUAUAC